UUUCGAUGGGGAGGGAGGAGAUAUCAAAUAUGAAAAACGAGUUUGAAUUUGAAGGACAAAACCUAAGACAGCUUUAAAGCCACAUACUAACGGAAUUAAUACACUUCCCGUAAUCAAACACAGCACUAGUUGAUUAAAAAAUUUUAUUUUCUUAAACCAGAAAAACGCAAAACAUUCCAAAAUUGCGAAUUGUCGAUGGUGCCCUUUACAUGUACGCACCUAAAGAACAGCUUGACAAAAUUGCAAUUGGAUUGGGUGUUCUAAAUAUUUCAAAAAAUGUUAGCGAUUUUUAUCUACUUCCAUUAGAAAAGUGCCAACAAGAAAAAACUAUGCCUAAUGUUGUUUUAAAUGUUGGGGAUUUACAAAACAAAAAAAUAAAUGUUGUGUUAAAACCAAAGCAAUAUAUGGAAUUAUAUGAAGAAGAACAUGGAGAUGAGGUAUAG